AUAUCGAGUGGACCCGCUCACGGUCCAUGUCGGAUGGGGCACCAGUCUGCACGAAUCCGGGGUUUCCACCAACCGUAUCGGACACUUUUUGACAGCGACUCCCAGGGUGAUAAACUCCACACGGAUACGGAGACGCUUCUCCGUGUGGACAGUGGAUACGGAUACUUUUGAAGGUGAUGACGUCACGGCCCCGCCUGCCUGGGAUCUCGCCCCAAAAGUCGCCAACUUCACUACGAUACCAGCGAACAACAGAGUAGUUCACGCGGCAACAACCGUUCAGGAAGUAGCAGCCUCCUCCUGAUCCAUUCUUCCGUUCCCUGAAGCUGCUGAUGUUGUGGAGAUAGAGACGAGGAAGCACCUGUCAGAGUCGAGUCCCUCACAGACGACACCAUGGCUGCAGAGAUGCUGCUGCUGCUGACGCUCUUCUCCAGCAUCCACGCUGAGGUCAUCCUGAGAGCGGGGCGGGAUCAUUACUUCUUCAGAUGGGACAAAGCCGCUGACUUCUGCUCCAUCUAUAGAUGGACCAGUGAGGGGAAGGAGCUCCUGUGGAACUCUUCAAAUACCUUUUAUCUGCUACAGCCUGUGGCUGCUUCCCACUCGGGUCAGUACCAGGUGCAGUGCUGGACUCGGGGCAAGGUGACCCACGAGAGGAACUCCACUCUCCUGGUCUGUGACGAACAGAAGAUGAAAGAUCAUGGGAUUUGGUACCAGAUAGUUGGGCAGACAGCAGAGCUGACUUGUGACGGUGUGGGACCAAACCAGAGUGUUGAGUGGGCCUAUAUGAAGUACAGGACAACUGAAUUAGUGUUAAUAGAUGAUAAAAUGCUUUCAGAGCGCGGACACCUGGUGAAGAACACUUCUCUUUUUCUCACCGCCAACAGACAGUCGAGUGGCAACACCUACUACUGUCUGCAGAGGCAGCAGCUCAGCUGUGACCUUCGCAGUCGUUUCGCUUUAAUAGUCCCAUCGGAGUCCAUCGUGCGCUCGGUGGGAGAGAGUCUGGAGCUCAACUGUUCUGAUGACAGCAGGAACCCAACGCAGGAGUGGAAGAUGUAUAAUCAACUGUGGUCUGAGGGAGUGAGUCUGAACUACACCCUGAUGUUUCCAUCACUGACGCUGGACCACACAGGUCUAUACACUUGCAAAGCUGGUGCUUCUGCUGAGGAGAAGUAUCAGCUCUUCGUGUGUCCUGAGCCUGAGCCUCUUGCUGUGGAGCUCUUCACCGGGCGGGACCUCACUCUCCCCUGUGGGAACUGGACCGGUUACAUUCGCUGGUUCAUGAGGUCCAACAGAACCAAAGGACGAGUCUUUAACGUUGAAGAGUAUCGAGUCCCAGACAAGAUUUAUCACUCCUCCAGCGGCCUGGUGAUCAGGAACAUCUCUCUGGAGGACACUGGAGAGUUCUGGUGUGUGAUUAAGAGAGGCCCGUUCUGCCAGUUCCAGUUUGAGUACCUGGUGGUGUUCGGAGAGCCAGAGGUUGAUCACCAUGUGCUGAGGUCCGUGCUGCUCAGUGUUGCCUUAGUGAUGAUGCUGUGUGUUGUUGUAGGGGUGACUGUGUGGAGGUGGAGGAGGAGGAGGAGAGAGCAGCUCCCAGCAGCUGUAGAGGAGCAGGAGGUCGCCCAACUGUCUCCAGAGUCAGACGUGCAGGAGGAUACUGCGGGCUGAAGGCGCUGUGAUGCUUGUGAAUAACUGCUGACCUUUGACCUCACUGAUGAGCAAAGUGUUUGCUAUUGCUUGGCUUCAAUAAAUGUA